AUGGACUCCAUCGUUGCUCGACACAUCCAGGACCAUGGCGAAGCCAACACAACAGCCGUCAAAUAUUGGGGUUAUGCAGAACGCAUACUACCUUGCAGGAAAGACGCCGGGACCUGCGAGUAUCUGGAAGCAGUAUACACCAUGCACGACACAUCGAUGCUGUACUCGUUCAUCCUAUGGGGUGUCAUCCUGGGCAUUCUGGCACUCUGGACUGCACUACGGAUUAGAAGCAUCGGCGUAGCAUCGCAAGGACGAGGCGGGCUCGUAGACGACAUGUGCAGUCAAGUCGGCAGUUGGCAGAAAUUCUUAUUGCCUGAUGCGCCGAUGCGAUGGUUGUUUGGGCGUGUCUCGCGACUGCAGAUUGUAGUACUGGCGGUCAUUCUUGCUUACCUGCUCAUCUUCUCUUUAAUCGGCAUCGUCUACAAGACAUGGGUGACGCCGAUUAAAGACUCAUCACUGAGCAACACUCGGACUGGACUUGGAGGCUGGGCGGACCGUGUUGGUGUUUUGGCAUACGCUUUGACACCUCUCGCUGUUCUGCUUUGUAUGCGCGAAAGUAUUCUAUCAAUACUUACCGGCAUUCCGUACCAGUACUUCAACUUUCUCCAUCGGUGGCUGGGCCGUGUCAUCUUCAUCCAGUCGGCACUGCACACCAUCGGCUGGACCAUUGUGGAAGCGAAGCUAUACCAACCACAACCAAGCGUUUACGUGACCUUCAUCCAACAGCAAUACAUGGUCUUUGGCUGCGUAGCCAUGCUCUUUAUCAGCUUUCUGACAGUCUUCAGCUUCAAGCCAGUGAUCCGCUGGACUGGCUACGAGUUCUUCAAGGUCACGCACUGGAUCGUCGCAGUACUUUACAUCGGGGCCUGCUGGGGCCACUGGGACAAGCUCUACUGCUGGAUGGUACCGAGCUUAGCACUCAUCGUCAUCGACCAAUGCGUACGAUACGGCAGAAUGGCGUAUUUGCACUCCACCGGCGGCAAAGGAAGGUCCUCCGGCUUCAAGUGUGACCAAGCCCGCAUGCAAGUCCUCACCGACGAUAACGGCACUGUCAUACGCCUCGACUUCGAGCACGAGCAUGCGACAUCGUGGAAAGCAGGACAGCACUUUUACCUUACCUUUCCAAGUCUAAGCAUCUGGCAAGCACAUCCUUACACGGUCUCCAGCGUCCCAGAUCCCAAUGCCUCGACUCAGACACACACAUACCUCAUCCGCGUCCGCAACGGACAGUCUAAACAAAUGGUUGCUCUCGGCGACUGUGCCAUUCCCGUCAUCAUCGCUGGUCCAUACGGCCACGGCUUUCCCAGCUACGAGAGUCGACAUGUCUUGGCGGUGGCAGGUGGUACGGGGGUGACCUUCACGUACCCUAUCAUCAUGGAGUUCAUCAGACAGAGUAUGAGUCGCCGAGCAGUGCAGGACUUUGUCUGGGUUGUGAGAAAGUCGGAAGAUUUGCUGUGGCUUGGCACGGAGCUUCGAGAGAUGAAGGGGCUAUUGAAGGACAUGCUCGGUCUAACUAUCACGAUCUUUGUUAGUCGGGAGAGUCGGGUGGGGAAGGGAGGGGAGGAGAGUGAGAGUUCAUUGCGCCAUGAGAGCGAUCAAGAGCGAAGCGUCAUCUCCGAGAAAGGAAAGGAGACCGCUGCAGUCGACACGACUGCAGUGGAGGUGUCAUUGAGUGACCUCUUGGCUCCAGCUGGCUCGCGCUUCAAAGUCCACUUCUUGCAAGACCAUCAUCCGUCUGUGGCGGAGGUUGUAACGGACUUCAGAGAGCGGAGUGCGAAUAUUGGUGGGCCGGUCGAGAUCGUGGGUAGUGGACCGGAAGCGAUGGGGACCGAUAUCAGGUUUGCUGUCUCGAAGAUUGAUGAGGGAGAUGGGGUCAGCCUUUAUUGGGAUUCGAGGGAGUAG